UGUCACAGAGACGCAUCUUCACAAAGAGAAUUUAUGAGAAAGGAAGGUGUGUGUGUGUGUGUGUGUGUGAGAGAGAGAGAGAGAGAGAGAGAGAGAGAGAGAGAGAGAGAGAGAGAGAUUCAAACACGGGACAGAAAACUUUUCUCUGCUCACUUUUCCUCUGCUCACUCUCUAUUUAUAUCUUACAGUCUUCCUUUCCGUGUGUGUGUGUGUGUUAUAUAAUGGCUGAAUUAGUGAAUGUGAAAAAAACAUUCCUGCACUCUUCCAUCUGUAGGCUGAAGCGGAUGGUGCAGCAGUUGGAGGUCAGUGAUGUGGACUUUGAGGAGCUGAAGAGGAACCUGGAGUUCACCGCCUCAUUACUGGAGGCACUUUACACCAACGAAACACAGCCUUCCCUCAAUGCCGAUGAUGACCUACAGCUUCGCUCUGAUGUCGUUCCUGUGGAGGUUCGUGAUUGGCUCGCGUCCACAUUUACUCAGAGAGUCCAGCCAAUCAGAAGGCGGCCAGAGGAGAAACCAAGAUUCCGCAGCAUCGUUCAUGCAGUGCAGGCUGGGAUAUUCGUGGAGCGGAUGUUCCGUAAAGCAUACUCAGCUGCGAUGCCGGAUCAACCUGCUGAUGUGCUCAACUGUUUAAGGGAUUUGGACAGGUGGAGUUUUGAUGUGUUUGCUCUGGAUGCUCUCAGUUCGGGCCAUUCGCUAAAAACACUCUUCAUCGAGCUGAUCAUCAAACACCAACUGAACAGCAGAUUUAAGGUGCCGAUUUCAUGUUUGAUGUCAUUCCUGUGUGAGUUGGAACGCGGUUACAGCAAACAUACAAAUGCGUAUCACAAUCACACACACGCCGCCGACAUCACACACACAGUGCACUGUCUACUGCUGCGCACCGGAGUACUGUACUGGUUGACAGAGUUGGAGGUGUUGGCGUGUCUGUUUGCGGCAGCCAUUCAUGAUUAUGAACACACAGGAAACACCAACACCUUCCACAUAUGCACACGGUCUGAACUGGCGAUGAUAUAUAACGAUCGCUCAGUGCAGGAGAGUCACCACGUCAGUGCUGCAUUCCGCCUCCUGCAGGAGGAAAACACAAAUAUCUUCAUGAACCUGACACGCCCCGAAUGGCAUGAGCUCCGGUCUCUGGUGAUAGAGAUGGUGUUGGGAACAGACAUGUCCUCUCACGUUCUGCAGGUUAAAGCCAUGAGGACGUGUUUACAGCAGCAUGAAAGCAUUGAUAAACCGAAGGCGUUGUCUCUGAUUCUGCAUGCGGCUGAUAUCAGUCACCCUGCUAAAUCCUGGAGUUUACACUCACGCUGGACCCCCAGACUGAUGGAGGAGUUUUUCACACAAGGAGAUAAAGAAGCUGAACUGGGUUUGGCUAUCUCACCUCUGUGUGACAGACAGAACACACCUGUCGCUCAGUCACAGAUCGCUUUUAUAGAGUUCAUCGUGGAGCCAACGUUUUCAUUAAUCAGCGACAUGUCGGAGAAAAUCAUCAUCCCUCUGAUACAGGACACAACUGAUCCAUCUCCAACCUGCAGCAGAUACCGGGGUCUACAGUGGACUGUGGGGGACCUCGUUAGCUUCAGAUCCAUGUGGAUGAGACACACUGAGGAGAACAAGAGCAGGUGGAGGGAUAAAAUAAAGAAUGGUGUGUCUGAUUUCAGAGAUGAAUCUGAAACACAGACAGGACAAGAAACUGCAUGAAAAGUGCAUUUACCUAAUAAAAGAGUGCAGAA